CUACCAUUUUCCAACAUGGCCGGCCUGCUAAGGACGAUUUCGGGACAAGGUCGGAUUUUAACAAGUUUAGGUCGUCUCCAACCAUCUAGCUUCUCAUGUACCUGUAUCCGAACCAUAAGUACUUCAAAAAACAAAAAGGAAACCACAAUAGGUGCGAUUCAACCUAUGCCAAAUACUAAAGAUUUGAAAAAACUCGAAGAGCAUUUUGCUGACGAUGAUCCUACGAAGGACAAGAACUGGAUUUCUGCCGGUAUAAGUUAUACAGAUAAAGAAAUGGAUACGUUUGUGUAUCAAGGAUAUGCAGCUAUGUUGUCACUGAUUUUUGUUGCUUUUGGGUUUGUUUUAUAUUACCAACCUGAUCAUUUAAUGCAAGAUUGGGCGUUAAGGGAGGCGUAUUUAGAAAUAGAACAUCGUGAGAAAAAUGGUUUACCUCUCGUUGAUCCUAAUCUUAUACCCUUGGAUCAAAUAUCAUUACCUGAUGAAAGUGAAAUACAAGAUAUAAAUAUUAUAAUUUAAUCUAUUUUGUAUUAUAUAGUGAUAACAUUCAUUUGGUUUAACAUUCAUUUGGUUUAUUGAGUUUUCAAGAGACUUGUAUUGAGAGAUAAUUAGAUUGUUAUUGAAGGGAUUUAAAAUAACUGAAUUCAUUCGUAAAUUAAUGCGUAUCAGGAGAUUUCUAAAUUUGUGGUAUAUUUUUCGAGAUGUUUUCUAAUACAAAAUUCAAGACACCUUUUCUCAAAAUUCAUACGACUUGUAAGUUAAGUGAAGAAAAACGUUAUUUGAUAUCGUUUACGCUUGUAUGUUAAUCUACGAUGUUUAUUUUGAGAAACAGAAAAGUGGACCCUCAUUACAUGUUUGCAAAUUUUGGGAAGGAAAUAUCAUUGAAAUUUGGUUGUUUAAACAUCUUGAAUUCCAGUUUAUCUCCACUGUGCCAUGUUUUAAUAUACCGGUACUAUCAGACUAAAAGUAUAAUGAUGUACAUGUUGCUAUAGUAAGAACUUUGUUACCACAAUUUUAAAAAAUAUUAUUAGCCAUUGUACAUACAAAAAAUAAAAGACAGUAAAAUUGUUGUGUUUAUUAUAUGAUACAUUGUUGUUUCCCGUGUCCCUGAUAUUAUCCUUGAAAGAUAUUUAGGUAUUAGGGGAUGACUCUCAAACACAUAUUUUUACAAAGUUUUAUUGUACAUUUUCACCAGAUGAGGACAAUGUAAAUUGUUGAAACAUUGUAUAAAAUAAAACCAUUAGCAGUACAUCUUAUAAACUGGUGGUGACAAUGUAAAUUGUUGAAACAUUGUGUACAAUAAAAUUUUGAAUGAUU